GUUCCAAUACUCCGGAGACGAGUCUCCCUCAAGCAGAGGAGUAAGACCGGUCUCAACAUGGGACUUGAAUCCGACUCGUAGUGACUUGUGGACGGAUACUUGAUCAUCAGUCAUGUCGUACUCACUGCGAUCUGCAGCAUCAUCAUCGUGACGAGUCGUAUUCCAGAAUCUCUCUCGAAGUUGACCAUAAAUAAACCAGUCGGUCCGUGAACUGGGUAAUUAUAAAGGCCGGGAUGGUCUAGUUGCACCACCCAUGGCGUCUCUAAAGCUGGAUUAGAUCAACACGUUGUAGUACUUGGUAGAUCUUGUGAUAAACUUUGGAAUUCUGGGAACUACAACGCACUGGUAACGUAGACUGGAGUUGAAAGAUCGAUCGUCACUUAGGGUUGCUCCUUCCAGAUGGGACCUUUGACUUUCGUAUAUUGGUGACUCCGCUACAGAAAAAUUCAAAUUCCCAGCAUUCUUGGUGCUUUGAGGUCCAGAAAGUCACUCUACGUCGCGGCAUGGAUUUUGUCUGGGGCAGGAUGUCCAACGUCACAAAGGUCCUGGCCGUCUUAUGCUUGCUUUCAAACAUUUCCCAUGUCGGAGGCGUUCCCUCUGCUCGAGCAAUGCAAUGUUGCGCUGAGAUUGCCGGGAAAACUCGUUUAAUCAUACAGAGUUGGCCAACAUCUCAAUUCAAUACUGACUACGCUCACGCAAAGUCUCAUUACUGGUCGAGUGCGAAUACAGACGGGACCCCUGCCUGUGUUGUGUUUCCUAGAAAUGCUCCAGACGUUUCCGCUAUCAUUCAAGUACUCUUGCGAUAUCCAGAUGUUGGUUUUGCUACUAAGAGCGGCGGACAUAAUCCAAACGUUGGAUUUGCAAGUUCCGAUGGCGGAGUCCUGAUAUCGAUGUCCCAAUUGAGUACCACGACAUUGUCAUCGGACCAGACACAGGCAUAUCUCAGUCCUGGAGCAACAUGGAUGGAUGCUGUUGGUGCACUGGAGCCAUAUAAUCUCACCAUUGUUGGUGGACGUGUUGGUGACGUUGGUGUCGGAGGGUUGCUCGUCGGGUGUGGGUUGAGCUUCUUGAGCGCACAGUACGGCCUUCCUUGCGACAACAUCAACAGCUACGAGAUAGUUCUAUCAAAUUCGGCGAUCGUCAACGCGAAUGCCAACGAGAAUCCUGACUUGUUUUGGGCUUUGAAAGGAGGUGGAAACCAGUUCGGAAUCGUAACGAGAUUCACCGUCAACACUGUCCCUAUUGGACUGGUCUGGGGUGGGGUUCGCACAUACACCAGAUAUGUUGCACCCCAAAUACUGGCUGCAACGCAGAACUUCACGGAGAAUUUUCCUGAUCCUCGAGCUGCGAUCAUUGUGACUUUCCAGACGCUCGUGAACACCCUCGACCAGUUCUUCGCUAUCUUCUUCUUUUACAACGGGCCGAUUGUUCCACGUGGGGUAUUCGACGCUUUCAAUGUCAUUCUUUCAACAGGGGACAGUGUCAAAACACAGUCAUACAGUUCGUUGCUCAUCGCCAACGCAAAUUUUGGCAGCAUAUAUGGCCUUCGAUAUGACCUUCGAGGAGCAACGAUCCCAAAUUUGUCAGCACCGAACGGUACUGAUCUCGUGGUCGCAAAUUUCAAUAACUUUGUCUCUUACGCGACAAGCAGGGGCCUCACUGGCCUGCUUCAGCCAGGCUUCAUCUUGAACUUCAUCUACCAGCCUGUACCAAAUGCCAUCCCGGCUGCCUCAGCACGAGUCAAUCCACUGGGAAACAUCCUCGGCCUCUCACCAGAUAAUGGCGAUCACAUGUGGAUGGCAGUAACCGUUUCGUGGCUUACAAAGCUCGGAGACACAGACGCAUACCGCGUAGCGACGGAGAUCAUGGACAACGUGGUGAAAUAUACGAAGCAGACAUACCCAGGACUACAAGGCUCCAAUUUCAAGACAGGACUUGCUGAUGAUGGAUAUCAGCCCCGUACAUUCAUGAACGAUGCGAUGGCUGACCAGAAAGUUCUUCAGGGCUAUGGGAAUGACACAUAUGCAAGAUUGAAGAGCGUUCAAAAAACGUAUGAUCAGAUUGGUUUCUUUCCUUCAAGAACUAAUGGUUUUAAGCUCGACUGA